AUGUUCCGUACCGCGAUGCUCCGCUCGGCCGUCCGCGCCGCCUCCGCCGCCGCCCGUCCCGCCGUCCAAAGAACAUCCUUCCUUGCCGCGCCGCGCGUUGUCGUCCCCCGCGUCCAGCAGAGCAUCGCCGCUGUCCCCGUGCGCAUGUACGGCGCCGCCGCCGGCCUCAACAAGGAGCAGGUCGAGGGCCGCAUCAUGAGCCUGUUGCAGGGCUUUGACAAGGUCAACGAUGCCAACAACAUCAAGCCCACCGCCCACUUCGCCAACGACCUCGGCCUCGACAGCCUCGACACCGUCGAGGUCGUCAUGGCCAUCGAGGAGGAGUUCAGCAUCGAGAUCCCCGACAAGGAUGCCGACACCAUCCACUCUGUCGACAAGGCCGUCGAGUACAUCCUGAGCCAGCCCGACGCCAACUAA